AUGAAAAGGUUGAAACUGGAUGAAAAACGAUCAGAAAAAUUAAUUCGCGUUAAAAUAGUUGAGAUUGAGAAACAAAGUUUAGAGCAAUUUGAAAAAGAAACAAAUGAAAAUCUAGCAGAAUUGACAAAUUAUGAGAAAGAAGAUAUUAACCUGGAAGAGAGAAAGAAAACGCUAUUUCUAAACGGAAGAAAGUGA